AUGCGAGGGAACGCCGAGGGAGCGCCGAAGGAACGCGAGGGAGCGCCGAGGAAACGCCGAGGAACGCCGAAGGGAGCGCCGAGGGAACGCCGAGGGACGCGAGGGACGCGAGGGAACGCCGAGGGAGCCGCCGAGGGAACGCGAGGAACGCUGAGGGAACGCCGAGGAAUGCGAGGAACACCGAGGAAACGCCGAGGAACGCCGAGGGAAUGCGAGGAACGCCGAGGGAACACCGAGGGAACGCCGGGGAAUGCCGAGGAACGCCGAGGAGAACGCCGAGGGAGGGAACGCCCGAGGGAAUGCCGAGGGAACGCCGAGGAGCGCCGAGGGGAGGGAACGCGAGGAAGCCGAGCGGAACACCGAGGGAACGCCGAGGUUACGCCGCAGGGGAACGCCGAGGGAACACCGAGGGAAACGCCGAGGAACGCCGAGGGAGCGCCGAGGGAAACGCCGACCGCGGAACGCCGAGGGAUGCCGAGGAACGCGAGGGAACGCCGAGGAACGCCGAGGGAAUGGCCGAGGGAAAACGCCGAGGAACGCCGAGGGAAACCCGAGGGAACGCCGAGGGAAUGCCGAGGGAACGCCGGGAACGCCGAGGGAGGGAACGCCAGAAACGAGGGAACGCCGAGGAACACCGAUGGGAACGCGAGGAAUGCGAGGGAAACGCCGAGGGAAAUGCGAGGGAAACGCCGAGGGCGCCGAGGGAACGUCCGAAGGAACGCACUCUCGAGGGACAUAGCAUGGAGCUUGCCGCUAUCAUUUUGGGCAAAGUAUACACAUAAAGGUAAGCGCCCGCCUCGUAACCAUGCGUUUAAAAAUGGUCUAAAACUGGGUUCAAAAGCGGCGUCCGACAACACAUGCGCCCACUCGUAA